CGGCGCCCGUGGUGAAGGUCCGGGCCGUGUUCGCCUAAAGGUGGGAAACGAGUCACAGAGGAGCCGCAGGCCAGAGCCUGUGAGCAGGGCCUUCCCUCCUUCUGUAGAAUGGCUACUGCUUGGCAGAGACUGGGUUUUUAUGCCUCUCUUCUUAAAAGGCAGCUAAAUGGUGGACCAGAUGUCAUCAAAUGGGAAAGGAGAGUAAUUCCAGGAUGUACCAGAAGUAUUUACAGUGCCACAGGAAAGUGGACAAAAGAGUACACGUUGCAGACAAGAAUGGAUGUCGAGAAAUGGUGGUAUCAACGAAUAAAAGAACAGGCCUCCAAAAUGUCAGAAGCUGAUAAAUCAAAACCCAAGUUUUACGUGCUUUCUAUGUUCCCUUAUCCUUCUGGCAAGCUGCACAUGGGCCAUGUGCGUGUCUACACCAUCAGUGACACCAUUGCACGGUUCCAGAAGAUGAGAGGGAUGCAGGUCAUCAACCCUAUGGGAUGGGAUGCGUUUGGAUUGCCUGCUGAAAAUGCUGCAAUCGAAAGGAAUCUACAUCCAGGUAGUUGGACGCAAAGUAAUAUUAAACACAUGAGGAAACAGCUUGAUCGACUGGGCCUGUGUUUCAGCUGGGAUAGGGAAAUAACUACGUGUUUGCCAGAUUACUACAAAUGGACUCAGUACCUUUUUAUCAAACUCUAUGAAGCUGGAUUGGCCUAUCAAAAGGAGGCCUUGGUUAACUGGGACCCAGUGGAUCAAACGGUGCUUGCCAAUGAGCAGGUGGAUGAACACGGCUGUUCUUGGCGUUCCGGAGCAAAGGUGGAACAGAAGUACCUCAGGCAGUGGUUUAUUAAGACAACAGCCUACGCAAAGGCCAUGCAGGACGCACUGGCAGACCUUCCAGAAUGGUAUGGAAUAAAAGGCAUGCAGGCCCACUGGAUCGGGGACUGUGUGGGCUGCCAUUUGGACUUCACAUUAAAGGUUGAUGGGCAAGUCACAGGAGAAAAACUGACUGCCUACACGGCCACCCCUGAGGCCAUUUACGGUACUUCCCACGUGGCCAUCUCUCCCAGCCAUGGACUCUUACGCGGGCACAGCCCUCUGAAGGAAGCCUUUCAGAAGGCACUUGUCCCUCACAAAGAUUGCCUCACCCCCGUGAUGGCUGUGAACAUGCUCACUCAGCAGGAGGUCCCUGUCGUUAUUGUGGCCAAAGCCUUUGAAGGCUCUUUGGAUUCAAAAAUAGGAAUUCCCAGCACCAGCUCAGAGGAUGCCAUCUUAGCCCAAACCCUGGGCCUGUCCUACUCUGAGGUCAUUGAAACUUUGCCGGAUGGCACAGAGAGACUGAGCAGCUCUGCUGAGUUCACAGGUAUGACCCGGCAGGAUGCUUUUCUAGCCCUGACUCAGAAAGCCCAGGGGAAGAGAGUGGGCGGAGAUGUGACAAGUGAGAAACUGAAAGACUGGCUGAUCUCGCGGCAGCGGUACUGGGGCACACCAAUCCCCAUGGUCCACUGCCCAGCCUGUGGCCCUGUGCCUGUGCCUCUGGAGGACCUGCCCGUGACCUUGCCCAACAUCACAGCUUUCACUGGCAAGGGAGGCUCCCCACUGGCCAUGGUUUCGGAGUGGGUGAACUGCUCCUGCCCGAGGUGUAAGGGAGCAGCCAAGAGAGAGACAGACACGAUGGAUACUUUUGUUGAUUCUGCUUGGUACUACUUCCGAUACACUGACCCUCAGAAUCCUUACAGCCCUUUUAACAAAGCGUUGGCAGAUUACUGGAUGCCUGUGGAUUUGUACAUUGGAGGGAAAGAACAUGCUGUCAUGCACUUGUUCUAUGCAAGAUUCUUCAGCCAUUUUUGCCAUGAUCAAAAAAUGGUCAAACACAGAGAGCCUUUUCAUAAGCUGCUGGCCCAAGGCCUUAUCAAGGGGCAGACAUUCCGCCUACCAUCUGGACAGUACCUACAGAGAGAGGAAGUAGAUCUCACAGGUUCUGUUCCUGUUCAUGCAAAAACAAAAGAGAAGUUAGAGAUGACAUGGGAGAAGAUGAGUAAGUCCAAGCACAACGGGGUGGACCCUGAGGAGGCUGUAGAGCAGUAUGGGAUCGACACGAUUCGGCUCUACAUCCUUUUCGCCGCCCCUCCUGAGAAGGAUAUCUUGUGGGAUGUGAAGACUGACGCUCUCCCUGGGGUGCUAAGAUGGCAGCAACGUCUGUGGUCCUUGGCAACCCGAUUUAUUGAGGGCAGAGCUUCUGAGAAGGUUCCCCAGCCUCAGCUGCUGAGUAACAAGGAGAAAGCCGAAGCCAGGAAGCUGUGGGAGUACAAGAACUCGGUCAUCUCUCAGGUGACUACACAUUUCACAGAGGACUUCUCACUAAAUUCUGCAAUUUCUCAGCUCAUGGGACUCAGCAAUGCUCUCUUGCAUGCCUCUCAGAGAGUUGUUCUCCACAGCCCCGAAUUUGAGGAUGCUCUCUGUGCCCUGAUGGUGAUGGCUGCACCGAUGGCCCCUCAUAUAACCUCAGAGCUCUGGGCAGGCCUGGCGCUGGUGCCAAGGAAGCUGUGUGCCCACUACGCCUGGGACGCCGGAGUGCUGCUUCAGACCUGGCCAGCUGUGGACCCACAGUUCCUUCAGCAGCCCGACAUUGUGCAGAUGGCAGUCCUGAUCAACAACAAAGCCUGCGGCAAGAUCCCUGUGCCCCAGCAGGUCGCACAAGACCAGGACAAAGUACACGAACUUGUUCUCCAGAGUGAGCUGGGCAUCAGGCUCUUGCAGGGGCGCAGCAUCAAGAAAGCCUUCCUCUCCCCCAGAACUGCCCUCAUCAACUUCCUGGUGCAAGAGUGACCAUGGGGAGGGCUCUGAGGAACCUCUUCCAGGCCUGGGAUGAGGGGAAGAAGUCUGCUGGCCCAGAGGAAGGGAAAACCCAGUGUCUUGAAUAUUUACCUUGGACUGCAGGCAACAGUGUGCCUCAGUGGUGUGGCCUGGUGUGGGAUAAGGGUGGGAGUGGGCAAAGGAGAAAUAUGAGCCAUGGGAGGGUUGUACAGCCUGUCCCCCAGGCUGAAGGAAGCCACCUGACCCUAUGUGAAGCCAUCAGGGACACUGCUGGGUGGGAGCAGGAAGGAGAAAAGAGAAGCAAGUGAGAAGGACAGUGCCUUCUGAGCAGCCCGGGAGCUCCUAGAACCUAGAAAUGUCACUGCCUUCGACAUUCCUUGGGAACAUGAGGCUGGCUCUGGAACCACAUGGGCUCAGGAGCAGUGUGGCAGGAACCGGUAAUGAGCCUCUGGAUCAUGGUGGAUGGUCUCUUGCCAUCAGACUAGAUGAAGAAGCCGUUUGGGUCGUGUUUACAUGUCUAGUAUGUGGAAAUGGAGACUGGGAUCUUCAGAAGUUGCUCUGAACCCAAAGGCAACUGGUGCUGGCCCCUCUUCACGUGUUCCCACUGCUUCUUGGCUCUGUCUGCAGGCCUCUUCCCCCCACCCCCUCCGCAGCUGAUGCGCCUGCCGGGCCUGCUCUGGGGCGAAGCAGCACAUCACAACCACCCCGGCAGGAUGUGAGACUGAGAUUUGCUGCGUAGUCAAGUGGAACCAGGCUCCAGGCUGCCGGGCCCCAAUCUCAGCGCCCCACCACAGCCCCACGGGGAUGUGGCCCCAGAUGGCUCACGUGGACCCCAGAUGGCUAUGCUGCCUCUAUUAAUGUGGCCCCCAGAGCCAGUCGUCAGGAAGAGUGAGCUCACCACAGAGGAGCGGGACUGAAGACCCUGGGCGUCACCUCCUGUGUCCAAGACACUGCCAUCUGGCUGCUGCAGAGACAGCCAGAAAUGGACCCAUGCUGUCAGUAUACUAGUCUAAUCCCAGUUUCACGUGAAGUCAGCAGUGAGGUACUCUCACCAGAACUGGCCUAAGCCACGGAUUAAUAUUUAAUGAGGAAAGGUAGGGGAGAAUCUAGCCAUUUGGUGAAGCUAAAAAUCCGUAUUUGUUUUCUGAUGCCGUUUUUCUGAAGUAGCCUCAGAUGUGGUCCCCUGGAGUUCAGCAGUUAACAU